GCCUGCCUCCAUGCACCCUCCUCUGUUCGAAAGGCACCCCCGGGAGCCCCCACCUGCCCCAGGGAGGCUGAGAGCCAAGCUGAGGAGUUGGGCUCUGGGAGUGGGAAGGCAGUGGCCUCCACUCCGCUUGUGUUCUUGGCCUAAGGGGUCACCCAGGUCCCCAGGCCCAUGGAAUCCCAAGCCCCUGGCUAGGCCACACAGAGACCCUGAGCAGCAGGCUGGAGCCGCGGCUUGUCUAGUUGCCCCCUGAGCCGGGCUGCGGAGAGCUGGAAGCGGACGAGGGCAGGGCUGCUGCCCGUGUCUCUUCCUCCACAGGCACUCGGGCCUCUGCCUGGGAGGAGCCGCAAGCCCCAGGCUGACCUUGUCUGGCCUUGGCCCUGCUCCCUGUCCCUGACCCCACAGGGUCCCAGAAUGCAGGGCACGGGUUCUCAUGCUUCCAGAGGGGCAGUGCCACAGCCAGAGUAUGAGGGUGGCCCCACCCAGCCUUUUCCUCCUGCCAACGCCUGCGCUGACUCACAGCUGACCUCCUAGCUGCCCGGGUGAGGGGCUGGUGCCCCAGAGUGCAGCCGCCGCCAGAGGCGGCUAUAAAAGCACGCUGGCCCGGGCCCCAGCAUCUUCCUUGGUCGUCAAGGUCGCUGCGCCAUGCUGGGAGGCCUGGGGAAGCUUGCUGCUGAGGGCUUGGCCCACCGCACUGAGAAGGCCACCGAGGAAGCCGUUCAUGCCGUGGAGGGGGUAGUGAAGGAGGUGGUGGAGCACGCCAAGGAGGCUGGAGAGAAAGCCAUUGCCGAAGCCUUCAAGAAGGCCCAGGAGAGAGGGGACAAAGUGGUAAAGGAAGUCACUGAGACUGUGACCCACACAGUCACAAAUGCUGUCACCCAUGCAGCGGAAGGCCUGGGUAACCUGGGACAGUGACCACGCCCGAGACUCUUCCUGAAUCUCAAUAAAGGACUGUGAAAUGUG